UAAAUAUUUGAGGCCGGUACCGAAACUCUGAGUUUUAAUUGAAGUGCCAAACAGCAACAAUGGCACAUGGUGGAAGACCAGAAAGACAAGCUCCUCCAGAAAUAUUUUACAAUGAAGAUGAAGCCAGAAAAUACACAUCAAAUACUCGAAUGAUUGAAAUACAGAAUCAGUUGUCAGAAAGAGCUAUUGAACUACUGGGAUUACCUGAAGAUCAGCCAUGUUUUAUAUUGGAUGUUGGAUGUGGUUCUGGACUAAGUGGUGAAUGUUUGACAGAUAAUGGACAUUGUUGGAUAGGUGUGGAUAUUAGUCCCUCCAUGCUUGAUGUAGCAGUAGAUAAAGAAUCUGAAGGAGAUCUUGUGUUGAGUGAUAUGGGAGAGGGUAUGCCCUUCAAAGCCGGAACAUUUGAUGCAGUUAUUAGCAUAUCAGCUUUACAGUGGUUAUGUAAUGCAGAUAAGAAAUAUCACCAUCCACCAAAGAGAUUAUUCCAGUUCUUCACUACAUUGUAUGCCUGUCUGUGUAGAGGAGGCAAAGCUGUAUUCCAGCUAUAUCCAGAAAACAGUCAACAGUUAGAAUUGAUAACACAACAAGCAAUGAAAGCAGGUUUUACUGGAGGUCUAGUUGUAGAUUUUCCUAACAGUACAAAGGCUAAAAAAAUGUUUUUAUGUUUAUUUGCUGGAGGUCAACCACAGCAGCUACCAAAGGCACUGGGAACAGAAGGUGCUAAUACUUCAAAAAAUCAAGUAGCUUACAGUGAUAAAAGACAAAAUUUUAAACAGUUAAGAGGUAAAAAUCUAAAGAAAAGUAGAGAUUGGAUUUUAGAGAAAAAAGAAAGAAGGAGGAGACAAGGAAAAGAAGUUCGACCUGAUACAAAAUACACAGGAAGAAAGAGGAAAGCAGUAUUUUAAAAUAAAAUUCUUCAUUUAUGAACUUUAAUAAUGUGUGUCAGCUGACUUGGCUGAUGAAGAAAUGUGACAGCAAAUUUAUUAAUUGUGGAACCAAGAAAAAUUGCUACAAAAAAAUAUUUUAUUGAUAUAUUUUAAUUUUAUGAAGCUAUUAGAAUGCCGGUUUUGGAACAAAGACUUUUGUUUGGCUUUUAAGAUCUGUUUGUUAUUUAAGGAUUAAAACACCCCUGCUUCAUUGUUGUCAGAAAAAAACCUUGUUAAUUGGUAAUGUUAGAUAUUACAAUAAAUGCCUUUAUAAGAAUCUU